AUGGACAAUUCAUUAGUGGAUGCCCUGGUUGAACAAGUCAAUCUCGGCCUAAAGAGUGAUAAUGGGUUCAAACCCGAGGCCUACAAGGCAACCAUCAAAGAGAUCAAUGAGACAUGUGGCAUAUUACUUGAAAACCAUCACAUUUCUAAUCGGUUGCGGACCUUGAAGAGGUUGUAUAUUUCUAUCAAAGACCUGCUCAAUGCAUCCGGUUUUGGAUGGGACUCGGACAGAAAGAUGGUCGUCGCUACUGAUGAUGUGUGGGCUGGUUAUAUUGCGUCUCACCCAUAUGCGGAACGUAUGCGAGGAAAGCACAUCGAUAGAUGGGAUGACUUGACCUUCAUAUUCGGCAACGAAUAUGCCCAAGGAUCAUUUGCGAGCACAGCUUACUCAUCACCCAUUUCUGGGAAGUGGCACAACUGA